GGCCGAAGAGGAGCCGCCGCCCGGGCUGCCCGCCGCCGCACGCGCGUCCGGUGAAGUUCUCAGCUGUCAGGAAUAUUGCGUACAUCUUGGAAGACUGCAGUUAAGCGGCUAUGUCUCGGGAGCCCACCCCACCUCUCCCUGGAGAUAUGUCUACUGGUCCUAUAGCAGAAAGCUGGUGUUAUACACAGGUUAAAGUAGUAAAAUUUUCCUACAUGUGGACCAUAAAUAACUUCAGUUUUUGUCGAGAGGAAAUGGGUGAAGUAUUAAAAAGUUCAACAUUUUCAUCUAGCCCCAGUGACAAAAUGAAAUGGUGCCUGAGGGUAAACCCAAAGGGAUUAGAUGAUGAAAGUAAAGACUACUUGUCCUUAUAUUUGCUUUUAGUCAGCUGCCCAAAAAGUGAAGUUCGAGCAAAAUUCAAAUUUUCCCUUCUGAAUGCCAAAAGGGAAGAAACAAAAGCAAUGGAAAGCCAAAGAGCAUAUCGAUUUGUACAAGGGAAGGACUGGGGUUUUAAAAAAUUCAUCCGAAGGGAUUUUUUGCUUGAUGAAGCGAAUGGUCUUUUACCAGAUGACAAGCUCACAUUAUUUUGUGAGGUGAGUGUGGUCCAAGAUUCAGUAAAUAUAUCAGGGCAUACUAAUACAAAUACUCUGAAGGUGCCUGAAUGUCGACUAGCGGAAGACUUAGGUAAUCUCUGGGAAAACACAAGAUUUACAGAUUGCAGUCUUUUUGUGAGAGGACAAGAAUUUAAAGCUCAUAAAUCUGUACUUGCAGCUCGAUCUCCGGUUUUUAAUGCAAUGUUUGAACAUGAAAUGGAAGAAAGCAAAAAGAAUCGAGUGGAAAUAAAUGAUGUAGACCCUGAAGUUUUUAAAGAAAUGAUGAGGUUCAUUUACACAGGGAAAGCACCAAACCUUGACAAAAUGGCUGACAACUUGUUAGCAGCUGCAGACAAAUAUGCACUGGAACGGCUGAAGGUCAUGUGUGAAGAAGCUUUGUGUAGUAACCUCUCAGUAGAAAAUGUUGCUGAUACCCUUGUCCUUGCAGAUUUGCACAGUGCUGAACAGUUGAAAGCACAAGCCAUAGACUUUAUUAAUAGGUGCAGUGUACUACGACAGCUUGGGUGUAAAGAUGGAAAAAACUGGAACAGCAACCAAGCAACAGACAUAAUGGAGACAUCAGGGUGGAAGUCCAUGAUUCAGUCUCACCCUCACUUAGUAGCAGAAGCCUUCCGAGCACUGGCAUCUGCACAGUGUCCACAGUUUGGCAUUCCUCGCAAACGGCUAAAACAGUCAUGAAAUUUUUCAUGAACUGUAGAACGUGGAGUUGCCAUUUACUCUUCCAGGUCCAGGAGGAUUCUAACACACAGACCAUAAGCAAGAGGUGUUUCUGUUGUCUUGUUCAUAGAACAGAAGCUGGAAAAGCAUAUUGCUUGCAUUUCAGGGGGAGAAUUUAUGGUUUCUUCUUCAGCUUUAAAUUGGACUGAUUAUACGCUAAUUCACUUCAAGGCCUUAAAUUAUCUUCAGUGACUUCUCGUUCAUAAAAUACUCUAAUUUCUUUCUUUCUUUCUUUCUUUCUUUCUUUCUUUCUUUUUUUUUUUUUUAAUUGUGCCUUGUCAUUUUGACCAAGGCUAUACAGGAUUGCACUAGCUCCAUAAUGCAGUAAUAUUGAUAACUGAAGAUAUUAAAUUUCAAAAGGAUCUUCCAUUAGUUUGAGAAAAGCAAAAAUGAAUUUUAUAGGGUUUUGUCCUAUGUUCUAAGUUUAAAACUAGGUUCUCCUUUAAAACACUUACAUUGGAGAUUACUAGUAGUCUCCAGUUUAAGUUCUAUAGAUGCAGGUGAACCCGCUUACCUUCAGGGUAAGCUUUGGCAAUACAGUGCUUCAAUUCUAAUUUAUUACUCAUUUCAGGGGGAAAAUAUGCAAUGGGUUGGCCCAAAUUUUUAGUAAAAUUUAUGUUUGUCUGUAUGUUAACUGUCUAGUGAACAAGAGAAGCGUAACAAACCUUCGCUUGUGUUUCUUUGUGGGUUUAUAAAAGUUUACAAUGAUUGAGGACUGAUUGAGGUUAAGAUUUCAAUAAGAAAGCAUGUUUUGUGCUGAAAUAAUUUAUUUUUAUUUUAGUAGCCUACCUAUAUGAAGAAUUCUGUAAAUGUUAAAAGUAAGGAUGACCAAAUGUAAAUUGAGUGAAUGGGCCAAUUAAGAAAGAUAUAUAUGCACUUUUAAUGUGUAACUUUUGUAUGCUGAAUGGUACAUAUAUUUUUUUGCUUUUGAGGAAAUUAAUAAUGUAUAGUUACUUGUGUCUUAACUUGAAAUAAUUUUUUAAGAUGGAUGAGGCAACUGGGAUAUCUGUAUUAAUAGAUAGGAAAGAUAUCCUCGAUUAUAGUUAAAUUUGUUUCGAUUUCAGAUGUUCAUUAUUGAAUUUACUCCUGUUUUAUCACAUUUUGAAGAAGACACCUUAACAAUAAACAAAUAACAGUAUAUUCCUCUAAAAACAGUGAUUUUUUUUUUCUCCAGUUAAAGGAAAGAACCAUUAGAAAGAUGUCAGAUCACAUUCUGAACUUUUUUUUUCCCUUAGCUUUCUCCUUUGUCUUUCAGUUAUUGUAUCAACAUUGUGUAUGAUAUGGGAAUUGUGCAUAAUGUGAACAGGAUAAACUAUUUAUAAACUGUUGUUCAUUGGCCAGUUUUUUUUAUUAUUAUAAAUGAAUUUUAGCUUUAAACACAUAACAUGUUAAGUGCACUGCAAAGGUCUAUUCUAGUGCAUUGUCCCAAAAGCAGGAGUAAUCACUGUCAAGUCACUGCAACUGAUUUCUGUAAAAUGUAUUAUCUUCUUACGCAAGAAACAGUAAGGAAAAGUGUGUCAUUGGGUAUAAAAAAUAAAAAUAAUAUCCUUUGCAUGUUAACAUACUGGGUUGUCAAAAAAAGUCAUGAUUCAUUUGUGCGUUGAAAAACAAAACAGAAAAAUGCAUCAUGACUUUUCCAGCAGCCCAAUACGUUUGCAUAUAUUACUUUAUCUCCAUGAUUAAAAAUUGUAUAAUUUAUUUAAUUUUUUGAAAUUAUGACAAAAGGAGAAAAAAGGAAACCUGAUGAAUUAAAAUCAAACAUAUUAUACUUUUGUUAUCUCUUUGUUAGGCAUUCACUGAAGAGUGAUUUGUAUUUAUAUUACACAGAUACUGUCAAAUAAGUAUCUACAAACUAUAGAGCUUGAAAAAAAUCUCUUUUCAGAUAUGUUCAUUUCUUUCUAUGUAACUUGAGUCUGGUUUUCAAUUUAAAAUUAGAAGAAUCACUUGCAAUCAUAGAAUGAUUCUUACAUGUUACUGGAUCCAUCCUAUGAAACAGCACUUAGGAAGAGAAAACCCACUUUUUAACUUCACCAUGAGACGAAGCCUGUUCAUUUUUUCAACAUAAAAUUAACAUUCACAAUGACAUACACCUUUUAAGAUCUAAAGUAUCACUUAGGUCUCAUAAGAAAAUAAAAAUACUUUUCUUUAGCUAUAGAAUGUUGUUUGCUGUAUAAAAAAAAAAAUUCUGGUGUCUUUAACUUGUGUGAAUAUUGUGAAUUAACUCACUGCUUAAAUUUAUAUUUCUGUUUGAAAAUUACUUUAUUGGUGGAAAUAAUGAUCUGCAAAAUAGUUGUCACAUGAAUAUAGAUUCUCAUCUCCCCCUGAUAGGUUUCUGCACCAUCCAUAACCAUCAUCCCCCACCCCACUCCCCCAUUUGUACACGGAGGCCCCAAGGCUCUCUCAACCCUUCCCGCUUCACUCCUUGGGAACAUCAGCUCUGCCUAACUAAACCACAAAUUCAGCUUCACCCUGUGUUUUCCCUUUCAUGGAUACUUAAGUUUUACCAAUGAAUAAGUUCAUCUAGUGUUUGUCUUUCUCCUUCUGACUUAUCUUACUUAUUAAGAGUAUCCUUUCACUUUCCUCCAAGAUUUAGCAGAAAAGUUCAGCAUAUCCUUACUCAGUUUAGUGUUUAUUGCGAAACUGUAUGUAAAAGUAUGUAAAGAUCCUUUUUGGUUUGAUAGCACACAUUUUGUACCAAAAUGUCAAGCACUGUGCAGUAAGAAUAUCCAUAUUUGUAGAAAUGUACACUUUUCAGAUAAUAUAAUAUCAAAUAUUAUACUAACAGAAUCAUAUAGUAACUGAUUUAAUUAUUUAUUAGGUGUGUUUUUGGUCAGAAGGCAGUGAUGAAAAAGCUUAAUGUAUUCUCAUGCUAGUGCUCUUGUUGCCCUUUUUUCCUGAUUUUUAAAACUUCACACUUAGUUUUAGGCACAAAUUCUAUCCAGAGUAGUCUUCAUUUUUUUUUUAAACUACUAGCUUGUUCCUAUUUCCCUUUAUAAUAUAAAGAGAGCUAGUCCCUAGAAAAGUAGUAACCAGUUUUAAGCCCUACAUAUUAUAAAAGUAAGCAUUGGAAAACCAUUCUUAGAUUCUACAUACACAAACAUUAUAUAUUUUUGCCUUUUCCUUUUCUUUUGUUCUUUUUAUUUAUUUAUUUUUUUAAUCAUACCAAGUACUGGUAUUUGGAGCACAAAUAUGAAGGUGCCAUAAUAUUAUGGCUUGCCGUUGUUACCUCCUUGGAUACUUGUGUCAUUGUCUUUAAUGGUAAUCAGAAAACCCUGCAUGUAUUAAUGUGGUUAUGUGGGUGGGUGGGUGUGUGUAUGAGAGUGUGUGUGUACUUCUGUAUACUUGGACUUGUUUGUGAUAUGUUAAACAGUGAAUUUAUGAAGAUAGGACUUAAAUGUUGAAAGUUCAGGUUAAAUAUUUCAUUUAUGCUUUAUAUGAGGAAUAUCUGAUUGACAAGUCAAUUGUAAUUCUCAAAAAUGUGACCAAUUUCUUGCAUGAUGAAAUGUUAAAACAGUGCCUUUUUAGGACAUCAAUUUUAAAAUUAAGAUUUUUUUAAAGGUCUCUUUAAAAGUCUUCAUGAACACAAUUGGCUUAUUUUUAAAUUAAACAUAGGUUAGAGCUUAAAUUGCCAAAAGUGUAAUUAUUGAUUUAUUUAAUUAUUUAAUUUUUGUGCAUAGAUGUAAAGUUAGAGUGGAAUUCUUUAUAAAACUGUGGAUAAUAGAUGAUACUCAGUGUUACUAAAACACUUCAGUAGGGACUUCAGUAGGUUGUUCGUUUGUUUUCCCCAAUCCAACUCAGCAAGUUUUUCUAAUAGUCAAGUACAUACACUUAAAAGAGGAGAAUUAUUAAGUUGGCUGUUCAUCCCUUUAGUAGGUAAAAUGGAAGCAUCCAGUAUAUUCAACUUGGCUGUGUUCUAGUGUUCUCAGACUAGAAAGACAGCACUUUUCAACACACACAAUAGUAUUUUGCAAACCUCCUCUAUACAGAUUGUGAGCUCUACUUUCCUUUUAAUCAUUCAUAGAAUCAUGUAAACUUUAGGUCCAGGUGAACAAAAAUAGAGUGCCUACCAUAUGAAAAAACUUCUCAACUAGGAGUGAAAUCACCACACCGUGUCUUCUGUUUGCAGUAUGUGAACUUUGUUUGAAAAGGAAUUCUUAUAUUUAAAUAUUUUUCUGUUGUUAAGUGUUUUUCCUUGUAUACUAUAAUCCACUUAAUUUUGCAUUUGGUUUUGUAGGAUGAAGAUAAUAACUUAAGUGAGUCCCAUGUUUUUAAAGUAAUAUUAUUUAAAGUUAGUUCUGGGGAUGUUGAUUCUUACGAUUUAAACGUAUAAAGGCGUAUAUUGAACUUUUCAGCCUCAUUUUUAAUCAGUUGAUGUUAAUGAUGAGAUACAUGACUUUUGUAUCUUGUUGCUGAAAAUAUUUUUUGCAUUUCAGCACGCUGAGUUAAAAUAAAGUUGUUACUACUUAUUGAGAAUUAA